UCUGCAACGAUGUUCCGAAAUGUUCCAGCGGGCCCUCCUGAUCCGGUCUAUAUUCUGAAGACGAAAGUCGACGCAGAUAAAUCUCCCGAGAAAGUGGACCUGGGGGUUGGUGUGUUCAGAAAUGAGAAAGCAGAAUGUCAUGAAUUGCAGGCCGUUAAAGCAUCCAAGAAAGCCAUUCUCGAACAGAACCUUGGUCACGAUUAUGAAGUAACAACAGGAAACCCCGAGUUCGUUCAGAAAGCGGCUGCAGUUUUGUUUGGCAGCUCUGCUGAAGUUAUACAAUCAAAGAGGCUUACCUCAGUACAAGGUAUCUCCGGAACUGGAGCUAUCCACACUGCUGCCCUAUUCCUUAGUCGAGUUGAUACAUUGAAAGACAAGAAGGUCUAUGUGGGAACUCCUGCAUGGGGCAAUUACGAGCCUCUCUUCAACCUCGUCGGCUUCACUGUUGAGAAGUAUCGUCAUUACGAUGCCGAGAAGGGCGUUGUAGACUUUCAGUCGCUUCUAUCCGCAAUUUCCAGUGCACCAAAGGGCAGCAUAUUCAUUCUCCAAGGCUGCUGCCACAAUCCUACGGGAGCGGACUUGACAAAAGACCAAUGGCGUACUUUGGCUAAGGCAAUGCAAGAGAAGGAGCUAUUCCCAUUCUUUGACAUGGCAUAUCAAGGUCUCGGAGGGUCGCUCGACGACGAUGCUUUCUCCCUACGGCUCUUUACCGAAAAGGGAUUUGAGUUGGUUGCCUGCCAGUCGUUUUCAAAGAAUUUUGGCAUCUAUGGAGAGAGGUGCGGCGUUGCACAUGUUGUAAGCGCAAACUCAGAUGCCGCACAGAAUGUCCAUGACCAGCUGCGAUCCCUGAUCCGAUGGGAAUUUUCAUCUUCUCCAGCCUACGGUGCUCGCAUCGUAACCACGAUCCUUCGCGAUUCGAGCCUGACAGAAGCAUGGAGUUCUGAGCUAUCGUCUAUGAGGGAGCGUCUGGUUGUGGCUAGGCGCGAUCUAUACGAAGCUAUAGUGAACAAGCGCAAGACUCCCGGAGACUGGUCGGUUCUUUUGUCGACAACUGGACUAUUUUGUUUCUUGCCCUUGACCCCAAAACAGACGGCAAUAUUAGGCAACAAAUACCAUGUAUACAUGCUUGGUAGUGGUCGCAUCAAUGUCUCGGGCAUAAACCCAAGCAAUGUUGAGCGGAUAGCUACGGCAAUCGACGAAGUAGUCAGAUCGGCCGUGUCUUCGAAUCUAUGAG